AUGGCCCAAAUGAAGUUGCUCUGUGCCUUUGUUUUCCUCGUACUCUUCUUCUCCCAAGAGUUUAAGUUCAUUGAGGGAAGGCAUUUGAAGACCAGAACCUCUAACAAGUUCCUUCAAAAGGAACUUGUUGAGAACAAUAGUAAGUUACAUGUCAAUGAAAAGUCCGAUAAAACAGUCAAUGCUACUCCAAUGUCUCCAUCUUCACCCCCAUCUCCGGUUGUUACCGAGCCCCAUCCAUCUCCACCAGGCCAUGUUGAUGACUUCAGACCUACUGCCCCAGGCCACAGCCCUGGUGUUGGGCAUUCCCUACAGAACUAG